AUGGCAAACUUGAAUUACCAGCAAGCGCCUAGAAGCCUCGUAAGCGGAGGCGUCGGUGGUCGCGUCGGUUCAGGCCUAGUUAGCGGUGUCUCCGGCCAUGUGACACCAACAUUCGGUGGUCCUCUGUCACCCGGCCGGGGCAGUGGGACGGCAAUGCCAGGGGGUGCACCGCCCUCCAUGGCUUCCAGGUCGACACUUUUUGGACAGCGAGCGUUUGCUGACCGGAGGGUGCCCAUGCCGACGCCGCUAUCACAGGCUAACUCUAAUUCUAUGUCAAGUAUGGCGAGUUUGUCUCGAUUCAAUGCGAGCAACAACUACCAUUCGGUUUUUGGCGAAGGCGGGGACACAUCGACGCCUCCGCUUUUAGAUCUCAGCGAAUUCCCUUCACUGACGGCGCGAGGGGCGGGCGACCAGGCCCCCACAGCUGCGCCGCCGCCACCUGGCUCUAAACCCUACGUGGGUAUGGUGAAGCAGCCAACGGCGGAACAGUCAGAAUUCACGAUGUCGUCAGAAGACUUCCCUGCGCUGCCGGGCACCUCUAGUGGUGGUGGCGGAGCGCCCGCGCCGCCGCCCGCUGCGCUCGAGUUUAACCAUACGCCCGAUUCUAAACCCACACGGAAAGGCAUACAGACCUCGCCUGAAGGUAAAGUGACGAAUAUACCCGAGACGAUGAUCCCCAACCAGUUCGGCAUCGUCGGGCUGUUGACGUUCAUUCGGGCGGCAGAGUCGGACCCCAGUCUCGUGUCCCUGGCGCUGGGGCAGGACCUGACGGCGCUCGGCCUCAACUUAAACUCGCCGGAUAACCUAUACUUAACGUUCGCAGGACCAUGGGCGGAUACGCCCUGUAGACCGCAAGACAUGGACUAUAACGUACCUCCCGAAUACCUAAUAAACGGUUCGAUUAGAGAAAAACUAGCUCCCUUACGGCUCAGUAGAUAUAAGGAGGAUUUGCUUUUCUACUUAUUUUACUGUUUCGUCGGAGAUGUACUGCAAAUUGCUGCUGCCGCGGAAUUAUAUAACCGUGAGUGGCGAUAUCACAUGGAGGAAAAGGUGUGGAUCUCGCAGGCGCCGGGCAUGCCGAUGGUGGAGAAGACCUCCACAUAUGAACGGGGCACCUACUACUUCUUUGACGCGCAUAAUUGGCGAAAGGUGGCGAAAGAAUUUCACCUGGACUACAGCAAGUUGGAGGGUCGGCCGCAGUUGCCACCGCAUGUGCUCACGUAG